AAGCAAUGCAAAAGUGUCUCAUUCAUACUUGUGUUUAGCAGUGUAUUUUCACGCAGAGACUGGCCUGAUCGGCUCUAAGUUAAUCACAGUAUAUCUUUAAUACCUCAAGAUUCCGAUUUUGUUACAUUGAAACAAAAAUAACCAUGGCUUACCGAGAAAAUGGUCAUUCAAAUGGGCUCCCAGAUAUCCACAGAAAUGUGGGUGCCAGCACCAGAUACACUGUCACUGAACUGCGAUCAUCGGGCAGUAGCACUCCUCUGAACAGACCAGGAUCUCCCAAUCCUGGUUCACGUAAAAUGUUGCUUGAGCUUCAAGAACAAGUAAAGAUACUGAAAGAGGACUUGAGAAAGAAAGACUCCCUUAUCACCCAAAUAUCAAGUGCUGAGCCAGCCUACACAUCCAAGGUUUCUGACACAUCAGCGUUUGAAGCUUUGCUGUCAUCUGCCCUCCAACCACAAGCUCCAAACCGAGCAUCUGAGAUUGCUGGAUUACAAGUGAAAAUAGACAACCUUGAAGGACGGUUGCGGGAAUGCCAAGCUCAGGCAGACUGUAAGGACAUCCGAAUAAAAGAACUCAAGACUGAAAAUGAAUCAUUCAAAGAAAAUGAGGCCAGGUUACAAUCUGUUUUGGAGACGAUGCGAAGACAGAUUGAGGAGUUGGAACAUACGGCCGGAUCUGUCCAUUCGGUCAAAAGCAAGUCCGAAAUGGUCAUCUCAUCACUACAGAUGGACAAUUCUGAAUCUCGUGAAAGGAUUAUUGAAUUGGAAAGCAGAGUUAGGACCCUGUUGUCUGAGAAAGAGGAACUAGAGCAAUGCCGUGUGUCUUUUGAGAGGAAGUUUCACGAUCUCAUGUCACAAACCUCCAGUGUGCUGCGGAUAGAGGACUACAGCAGCAGUUCCAUGGAAAACGUCAUUGCCAAGAUUGCUGAUACGAUGCAGGAAAAUGCGAUUCUGAAAGGGAAGCUGGUAACACUCAAUGAGACAUUGGCCAAUACCGAACUUGAGACCAAAGCUAGCAGGGAAACCAUCAUGAGAUUAGUGUCUGAGGUUGGAAGGGAACAGAAAGCCAGCACUGCUACUUCAACGGAAAUUCAAAACCUUAGAUUGGAAAGAGACAAUGCCAUGUCAGAGAGGCAUGAACUCCUUCGGGAAAAUGACCUCCUGAAGGAACGUUUGGAGCAGACUACAAAGGCUUGGACUGCCACCCGCAACGAGUUGGAACAAAGGGAGGGCCGACUCAAUAAAAUUGACAGGGAACACAGAGAACGCAACUACUUGGCUAAAAAUAUGGAGAGCAGUCUUCACUCGUUUAAGGAGAGUCUGGCCCACUUGCUUGGCGAUCCCUACACCAAUGUUCAACCAACUGAAGACGCCAUCAAAGAAAAAGUGAGGGAACUUAUUGGCGCUGCUCUUGAGAGGAAACAGGUGAUUGAGGCUAUGGAGCAGAAACUUCGCCGUGUCACGGAACAGUACGACGCCCUGAGAGAAAAGAGUGAUAUCAACGAACGUAGGGCAAGGCGAGCUGAGGCCGACUUGGAGGACAUCCAGAGCAGGUUGCAUAACAUGGAAUCAGACUUUUCUUCCAGUGACAUCUUAAAGGACGGUCUCCGACGAGACAAGGACCAUUUCCUCAAGUUCAUGGAGAAAUUAUCUUCCAUCAUGAAAGUUGACCGCAUGAAUUCAGACAUUGGAUUUGACAUGUCGGGAGAGGCCCUGCUUGCCCGUGCAUCGCAGUUGAUAAAAUUGGAAACGGAAGCACUAGCUGACCGCAGCACGCACAUUUACAACCUCCAACGCAAGAUCAAGGCUAUGAAGCAGCAAUUGGAGAGCAAGGAUCUUCACUUGGAUCUCAUGCGGAAGAAGGUUGCCGGAAUGGAAGAGAAAUUGCACGGUAGGACAGACUUGGAACGGGAGAAGGACGGUGAAUCUAUGAAGGUCCGAAAGCUGGCCAAGGAGCUGGACAGAUGUCGAGAAAACCUGCGACUGUCUAGAAAUGAAAUUGUGGAAUUAAAGGCAGAGUUUUUGGAGUGCAGUAAUCUGAAGCUCACCUGCAUCGAACAAGACAAAGAAAUCUCCGGCCUUGAGAAGACAUUGGAGAAACUUGAGCGUGUGCGCCAAGUCCAGGCAAAGAAGAUUCAAGCGAUGAGGAAGAAUAUCGACGAGGGUGAUCGAGAUUCUGGAGAGAAGCGGAUCAUCGCGGAAGAUACUGUCCAGGCAUUGUCAAGUGAGCUGAGGACGACGAAGAGGCUGAUGGAGGAGGCGACAGACAGGGAACGAGAGCUUCUCGAACUGCGCCAGGUUACUGCAAGAAUGCUUGGAUUAGACAUCAAUACUCUCGCAGUUCCAAACUACGAAGUCAUUGCACGUCUCGAAAAACUUAUUCAGGCAUACCAGUCUGCGGGCUUGACGGGUUUCGCGAUUGACCACACAAUGGGAGAUAUGGAAGACGGGUUCAGAGCAGGGUACGAAGACGCCAAACGAUUUUUAGGCCCACGUGGAAGAAGUCCCAAGCGGCCGCAUCAUCACAAAGGGAGUUCAAACAAACAACAACAACGACCAAGGUCUACGUCACCAGUCCGACGGGAUCCACGACAGUACUAAAAACUGAUUCUCCAUCACGCUUUUUCGAUGACAGUUUUCUCCGCGGGGUGUUUUAGUGUGGUUGUGUUGAAACCCUGACUUCCACCGUUACUCAAAAAAUGAGAGAUUAUAGUUCUGUAAUAUUCAGCAUGUUAGCUCAGCUUAGUAAUCCUGUGGUAACAUCGAUAAUGUGGCAAAACCAAAAUGGCUGCCUCCCCUGCUAGAACAACCUGUGGAGAAUGCUGGAUGUUUAUAUUUCGCUUGCAUGAUGGUGCUCUUUCAGUGACACGUUGAACAUUGUACAAAACUGUCACCAUCAGAAUUAUGAUAUCCCUUCAAGUGCCUUAGAGUUCCUGGAGAAAUCUCUAGAUUAUAAAUCUCCAUAGGGGACACAGUCACUUACAGGUAAUUCCUUUUAAGGGUUAUCCUUUAAGUUUUGAUAUAGGUGUUGGUCGACAUCGUCAACACAGCAAUUGCCAAGUCCAACAGGAAAUCAAUAAACUCUGCAAAGUGAUGAUCUGUACAUUUUUGUGUGCAGGGAGCGUGAAAUUGAUGUGGACUCUCAACGAGUUUUGGGCCAACACGAACCUUUACAUGUGAUCAUGUUAAUUAAUUGCAAGACUGCCAAUGCCAUUGCUCCUAAAACCAUCCAUGUAGAUAGAGCUCUUUCAGAUUGGUAAUUGGUUUACCAAUUAAUUGAUCAACUCACAGAGAAAAGAUAUCAUAAUCUAUCACCCAAUUCAUACCUUAGGUAGGUAGAUAUUACACUAUCAAAAGUAUCAUUCUAUACAGCCUCCAACUGUAAUAUUGUUCGAAAUGUUUAACAAUUGCUUGUAAAAUUAUUUUGAUAUGACCCUGGAACGUUGCCAAAUAAUAUAUAAUUUUCAUUUCAU